CAUUGGGUUUGUUACGCAAGGACAAGUUUGCUCCUUGAGGGAAGCGUUGCAAUCACACGGCUCCGGCAGUGUGGUUGCGGCAUCCCCCAGAGCCGACACGACGAAUCUCCACUACUAGCUAGUCUUAUCCCUAGCUAUAUAUAUGAUCCAUCAAGCUAAAGAAGAAUCAGAAUCUCACAGCAGCCAAGGAUUGACGCUUCCAGCUGCCGACGACGUCGAGAAUGCUUCCAGCCGCCAUCGCCUGGUGCCUCCUGCAGCUGCUCCACCCUUCACUGGUGGUGUGCCAGCAGCAGCAGGCCGCCGGCGCCACUCGCGCCUUCUUCGUCUUCGGCGACUCGCUGGUGGACAGCGGCAACAACAACUACCUGGCCACGACGGCGCGCGCCGACUCGCCGCCCUACGGCAUCGACUACCCCACGCACCGCGCCACCGGCCGCUUCUCCAACGGCCGGAACGUGCCGGACAUCAUCAGCGAGUACCUGGGGGCGGAGCCGGUGCUGCCCUAUCUCAGCCCGCACCUCGACGGCCGCAAGCUGCUGGGGGGAGCCAACUUCGCGUCCGCCGGCGUCGGCAUCCUCAACGACACGGGCAUCCAGUUUGCCAACAUCAUCCGCAUCCAGAAGCAGCUGCGCUACUUCCAGCAGUACCAGAGCCGCGUGCGCCGCCUCCUCGCCGGCGACGGCGACGCCACCGCCCGCCUGGUGCGCGGCGCCCUCGUGCUCAUCACGCUCGGCGGCAACGACUUCAUCAACAACUACUACCUGGUGCCCUUCUCCGCGCGCUCCCGCGAGAUGGCGCUGCCGGACUACGUGCGCUACCUCGUCGCCGAGUACGCCAAGAUCCUGCGCCAGCUGCACGGCAUGGGCGCGCGCCGGGUGCUCGUCACCGGCUCCGGCCCGCUCGGAUGCGCCCCCGCCGAGCUCGCGCUGCGGGGAAGCCGCGCCGGGGAGUGCGACGCCGAGCUGCAGCGCGCCGCCGCGCUCUACAACCCGCAGCUCGUCGACAUGAUCAGGGGGCUCAACGCCGACAUCGGCGCCGACGUCUUCGUCGCCGUCAACGCGUACAGGAUGCACAUGGACUUCAUCUCCGACCCGGCGGCCUACGGCUUCGUCACCUCCAAGGUGGCCUGCUGCGGCCAGGGGCCCUACAACGGCGUGGGGCGCUGCACCGCCGCCUCCAGCGUCUGCCCGGACCGGAGCGUCUACGCCUUCUGGGACAACUUCCACCCCACGGAGAGGGCCAACCGGAUCAUCGUCAGCCAGUUCAUGGACGGCACACAGGAGUACAUGCACCCGAUCAACCUCACCACCAUCCUCGCCGUCGACGCCGCCGCCGCCGCCACCUUCAACUAAUAUUUCAUCAUUAUUGCACUGCACACCUAUAUAUAUAUAUGAAGAAUUGGAAAUAAAAUGAGCAUUAUAUAUAUUAUG